GACGAGUUUGUGUUCCGGGUAAAUGUCUCAGUGGCAGGGAGGGGUUAAUUUAACAUUCGCGUAUAACUAUUGUCGAGCUUCCUCUUUAGAUUCAGAAUGACUUUAAAUUUUACUGGCCAAAAUAUAGGUUUGCAUUACAGAUUCUCCUAUCAGAUUAACACAUCAGACUGAGAGUUUCUCUAUUUAAAAAAGUUUCUGUUUCGAAAAGUAAUAAUGCAAGAUGGAGUACUUAUCUCAGUUACACAGUAGCUUAUUUUGUGGAUUUUUGUCUUGGAGGAUUGUUAGCUUUGUUGAGUGAAGUUGAUUUGAUUCGUUUGGAGUUCAGUUGGUAAAACGUAGCCUGCCGCGCAGUUAUGGCUGCUGAAAGUCAGACUGUUGUGUACGUCUCUGAGCAGAUACUUGUUCUAAUUUCUUGUGCCUUCUCAUUUUUGGGAUCUUUCCUUAUCAUUUUCACGUACAUAAUUUGGCCAGAUUUGAGAACUACCCCACGAAAACUUUUAGUGUUCCUGUCGAUCGCAGAUUUUUUGUCUGCUGUCUCAUACGCGUACGGAGUUUGGAAUGUUUUUAAGACAGACUCUGUUGGCUGUAUCGUGCAAGGAGCAAUUUCCACUUUUUCAAACACAAGCUCGUUUUUCUGGACUGUGGCUAUCGCUAUCUACCUGUACAUUUUUAUCGUGAAGACCAGUCAAAGACUUGCUGAUAGCUUGGUGCUGUAUUUUCACUUUAUCAGCUGGGGCAUUCCCCUAGGCAUUACUGUUGCAGCCUUGAGCCUCCACAGGAUUGGUUACGACGCGUCUGAGGUGUCUGUGGGCUGGUGCUGGGUGAGCAUCAGUGCUCCUGACCAUGUCCUGUGGAUGCUUCUAACAGGAAAGAUCUGGGAGUUCCUGGCAUACAUCACACUGCCAAUCCUCUACAUCCUCAUCAAAAGGCACAUCUACCGAGCGCAUGCUGCACUGUCAGAGUACAGGCCUAUCCUGGCCACCAGCCCUCUGUCCAAUUCCCUCUCCUCCAUGGCGGACAGGAAGUUGACCUUAAUCCCCAUCAUCUUCAUCGUCCUGCGUAUAUGGAGCACCAUUCGCUUCAUACUGCUGUUGGUGGACUCCCCAGUCAGGCAAAACCCAGUGCUGGUCACUCUGCAUGGCAUUGGAAACACUUUCCAGGGGGCAGCCAACUGCAUCAUGUUUGUGUUGUGUACUCAACCCAUCCGCUCGCGCCUGUUCAUGCUGCUGUGUAGCUGCUGCUGUCUCUGCAGAACGGGAUCCUCUCAGACGCUCUCCCCCUCCCACGGGAGAACCGCCGGCAGGGAGGCCAACGCCACCCCUGGUAUCUGUGCAGACGAGUGCUGACGCUAGGAUGGACAGACCAGAGGGGAGGGAUAAUGUAGGGGAAGCUAAAAGGAGGAAGGAUACCCUCUGCUGCAGCCUCAUUAUAGCAAGUGGCUGUGAGAAGGGUCGAGAAAUUCUGCAGAAGCAUGCACAACCCGGGGCAAGUCACACAACGCGUAUGCACUUUGGGGGAUGAGGAUAACCAGUGUUUGUGUGUCAUUUUAGAACUGUGGUCACUAAUGUUUCAUGGUCCUCCAGCGUUUGUUGGUAAACUUGCACAUUGAAAUGUACAGCUACUUGUUUUUUAUUGAGUGAACCAAUAAGUGCACUUAAAGGGCAAUUUUUAUUUAUCUGUGAAGCUUUUUUAAUACCUAGAACAAAAAGAUCAAUGCAGUGCAAUACUCCACUUUUAUACUGUCAGUGUAAUACUGUAUGUACCAUCCAUACCAAAGGAAUAGCAAAGCACCCUGAUUUCCUUUUUUUUUUUUUUUUUUAAACACUCCUACUUAAGUUUACAACAUGUGUUCAAGUACUGUAUGUAUGCACUCCAGCCAACUGUCUUGUCACAAUCAAAGGAUGAUGACAAAGUGCACCACUGUCAUAGUCUGUCCGAGUUCUCACCAAUUCCUUUCUGGACAGAAAUCACUAGACUUAACAGAGAGAGUAGAUAAUAAACAUCAUACCUGUGUAGCAAGGUUUACUGUUUAAAUAUAUUUUAUGUAAAAUGAUCUUUAAUAAAAACCUAACACUGA